AUGGGGUUAACCCGAGCCAGCGGCCCGGAGCCAGCCGGCGGGCGUCCCGGAGGCGGCGGCGCAGGGAGGGGCCCGACGGCGCACGUGGCCCCGGCGGCCGCCAUGGCGGACAGCGGCCCCGCGGGGGGCGCGGCGUUGGCAGCCCCGGCCCCUGGGCCGGGCAGUGGUGGCCCAGGGCCCCGCGUCUACUUUCAGAGCCCCCCUGGGGCUGCAGGCGAGGGCCCAGGCGGCGCGGACGACGAGGGCCCAGUGAGGCGCCAAGGGAAGGUCACGGUCAAGUACGACCGCAAGGAGCUACGGAAGCGCCUCAACCUGGAGGAGUGGAUCUUGGAGCAGCUCACUCGCCUCUACGACUGCCAGCAACAGCAAUACCGGGGGGCCCUGCGGCCAGGCCUGGCGCCAUGA